UUCUCUAGGUCCCCGGUGGGGGCUGCAAACGAAACAAGAUGAGGCGGUUCCUGAGACCAGGGCAUGACCCUGCGCGGGAGAGGCUCAAGCGGGACCUGUUCCAGUUUAACAAGACCGUGGAGCACGGCUUCCCGCACCAGCCCAGCGCCCUCGGCUACAGCGCCUGCCUGCGCAUCCUGGCCAUCGGCACCCGCUCCGGAGCCGUCAAGCUCUACGGAGCCCCGGGGGUGGAGUUCAUGGGACUACACCAGGAGAACAACACAGUGAUGCAGAUCCACUUCCUGCCUGGCCAGUGCCAGCUGGUCACCCUGCUGGACGACAACAGCCUGCACCUGUGGAGCCUGAAGGUCAAGGGUGGGGUGUCAGAGCUGCAGGAAGAUGAGAGCUUCACGCUGCGUGGUCCCCCAGGGGCUGCCCCCAGUGCCACACAGAUCACUGUGGUCCUGCCGCAUUCCUCCCGAGAGCUGCUCUACCUGGGCACCGAGAGCGGCAACGUGUUUGCGGUGCAGCUGCCAGCCUUCCGCGCACUGGAGGACCGGACCAUCAGCUCGGACGCCGUGCUGCAGCGGCUGCCGGAGGAGGCCCGCCACCGGCGGGUGUUUGAAAUGGUGGAGGCGCUGCAGGAGCACCCCCGAGACCCCAACCAGAUCCUGAUCGGCUACAGCCGAGGCCUCAUUGUCAUCUGGGACCUGCGGGGCAGCCGCGUGCUCUGCCACUUCCUCAGCAGCCAGCAACUGGAGAAUGUCUGCUGGCAGCGGGAUGGCCGCCUGCUCGUCAGCUGCCACUCGGACGGCAGCUACUGCCAGUGGCCCGUGUCCAGAGAUGCCCAGCAAGCAGAGCCGCUGCGCAGCUGUGUGCCUUACGGUCCCUUUCCUUGCAAAGCUAUUACCAAAAUCUUCUGGCUGACCACCAAGCAGGGGAUGCCCUUCACCAUCUUCCAGGGCGGCAUGCCACGGGCCAGCUACGGGGACCGCCACUGCAUCUCAGUGGUCCACGAUGGCCAGCAGACGGCCUUCGACUUCACCUCCCGUGUCAUUGACUUCACCGUCCUCGCCGAGGCUGACUCUGCGGCUGCCUUUGACGACCCCUACGCCCUGGUGGUGCUGGCCGAGGAGGAGCUGGUGGUGAUCGACCUGCAGACGGCGGGCUGGCCGCCGGUGCAGCUGCCCUACCUGGCCUCCCUGCACUGCUCCGCCAUCACCUGCUCCCACCACGUCUCCAACAUCCCCCUGAAGCUGUGGGAGCGCAUCAUCGCGGCCGGCGGCCGGCAGAACGCGCAGUUCUCCACCAUGGAGUGGCCCAUCGAUGGUGGCACCAGCCUGGUCCCAGCCCCGCCCCAGAGGGACCUGCUGCUCACUGGGCACGAGGACGGCACGGUGCGGUUCUGGGACGCCUCUGGCGUCUGCCUGCGGCUGCUCUACAAACUCAGCACGGUGCGUGUGUUCCUCACGGACAUGGACCCCAGUGAGAACCUCAGUGCCCACGGCGAGGAUGAGUGGCCCCCUCUCCGCAAGGUGGGCUCCUUUGACCCCUACAGUGACGACCCCCGGCUGGGCAUCCAGAAGAUUUUCCUCUGCAAAUACAGUGGCUACCUGGCUGUGGCAGGCACAGCAGGGCAGGUGCUGGUGCUGGAGCUGAACGACGAGGUGGCGGAGCAGGCUGUGCAGCAGGUGGAGGCCGACCUGCUGCAGGACCAGGAGGGCUACCGCUGGAAGGGGCACGAGCGCCUGGCCGCCCGCUCAGGACCCGUGCGCUUUGAGCCUGGCUUCCAGCCCUUCGUGCUGGUGCAGUGCCAGCCCCCGGCCGUAGUUACCUCCUUGGCCCUGCACUCGGAGUGGCGGCUUGUGGCCUUUGGCACCAGCCAUGGCUUUGGCCUCUUUGACCACCAGCAGCGGCGGCAGGUGUUUGUCAAGUGCACGCUGCACCCCAGCGACCAACUAGCCUUGGAGGGCCCGCUGUCCCGAGUGAAGUCCCUCAAAAAGUCUCUGCGCCAGUCGUUCCGCCGAAUGCGCCGCAGCAGGGUAUCGAGCCGGAAGCGGCGGCCCGCGGGCCCCCCAGGAGAGGUGCAGGAGGGCAGCGCCAAGGCGGAGCGGGCAGGCCUGCAGAACAUGGAGCUGGCACCCGUGCAGCGCAGGAUCGAGGCCCGCUCAGCGGAGGACUCCUUCACGGGCUUCGUCCGGACUCUCUACUUCGCUGACACUUACCUGAGGGACAGCUCCCGCCACUGCCCCUCGCUGUGGGCUGGCACCAACGGGGGCACCGUCUACGCCUUCUCCCUGCGCGUGCCCCCUGCCGAGCGGAGGAUGGAUGAGCCAGUGCGGGCGGAGCAGGCCAAGGAGAUCCAGCUGAUGCACCGGGCGCCCGUCGUGGGCAUCCUCGUGCUCGAUGGACACAGCGUACCCCUUCCUGAGCCCCUGGAAGUGGCCCAUGACCUGUCAAAGAGCCCAGAUAUGCAGGGAAGCCACCAGCUGCUCGUCGUGUCAGAGGAACAGUUCAAGGUGUUCACGCUGCCCAAGGUGAGUGCCAAGCUGAAGCUGAAGCUGACGGCCCUGGAAGGUUCGCGAGUGCGGCGGGUCGGUGUGGCCCACUUUGGCAGCCGUCGAGCCGAGGAUUAUGGCGAGUACCACCUCGCGGUCCUCACCAACCUGGGCGACAUCCAAGUGGUCUCACUGCCCCUGCUCAAGCCCCAGGUGCGCUACAGCUGCAUCCGCCGGGAGGACGUCAGUGGCAUCGCCUCCUGCGUCUUCACCAAGUAUGGCCAAGGUUUCUACCUGAUCUCCCCCUCUGAGUUUGAGCGCUUCUCUCUCUCCACCAAGUGGCUGGUUGAGCCCCGGUGUCUGGUGGAUUCGGCAGAAACCAAGAACCACAGCCGCCCUGGCAAUGGGGCUGGCCCCGGGAAGGCCUCAGGCCGGGCCAGGAACUCAGGGAGCCAGAGUGAUGGAGAGGAGAAGAAGCUAGGCCCGGUGAUGGAGCACGCUCUGCUCAACGACGAGCGAGUCCUGAAGGAAGUGCAGAGCACGCUGGAGGGAGACCGAGGGAGCUAUGGCAACUGGCGUUCUCAUCGAGUGGCCGUUGGAUACAGCCUCAGCAACGGGGGAGCAGAGUGAGCAGGAUGGGCGUCCAGGCUGCGUGAAGAGCACACACUACUGAGGGCCCUUCCUCGGGCCUGCCCCGGCUGGAGAGGCCCGUGCACUGGGCCGGGCCAGGGGCUGGGGGCGCCCCCGGUUUCCACCCUGCAGCUGCUCCUGGCCUUGGGCAGGGGGCGGCCCCGGCCCCUGGGGCUGGCCCUGUGGGGCCUCAGUCCCUGGGUCAAUGUUGCACAGUUUUUAUUCCUCCCAUCCCCCCUUUUUGUAGUGGGCUGGGUUUUAAAUUAUAAAAUUUAACUGCCUCUGGGUGAUAAAGUUUUUAAUAAACACCUAUUACCUCUU